AUGUCGUUGGGUGAGCAACCUGUGGCUAUCGAUUAACAUUCAUAUUUAGCAUACACAGCAUCAUAUCAGAGUGGUAGUAAUGCAGUCAUUUUGCGUUAUAAUGGUCCUCAUGGGUUCUUUCCAUUUCACCACCUCCUCUACAUUGACCUUACUUGUAUUUAACUUCCUCUGCCUACCUGCAAUAGUUAUUCUUUUUAGAUCUGAGUUCUGUUACAAUUGUGUGUCAGGUUUAGAGCUGGCAUGUCCUGUGGCAGUCAGUCUGAGGAAACAGAACAGAACAGUGAACAACAGAUCCUGUCAGUACACAAAUACGGUUGGCUGUCACUUUCCUUCCCUGGCACUCUGUUAUUUAACUCUCCUUCAUUACUUCCUCUCCCUCCUCUCAUUUUACAUUUACAUUUUAGUCAUUUAGCAGACGCUCUUAUCCAGAGCGACUUACAGUUAGUGAGUGCAUACAUUUUCAUACUGCUCCUCCUCUCCCUCCUCUCCUUGUCUUCCCUCCUGUCCUGACAGGACCUCCCUCGGCGCCACAGAACCUGGUCUACAACAUUAACCAGACCACCGUCAGCCUGGAGUGGAGCCCGCCGGCCGACAUGGGCGGUCGUAACGAUGUCACCUACAGGAUUAUGUGCCGGCGCUGCAGCUGGGAGCCGGAGGAGUGCGUGCCGUGCGGGGGGAACGUGGGCUACUCCCCCCAGCAGGCGGGAUUAGUGGACACCUAUGUAAACGUGGUGGACCUACUGGCCCAUGCCAACUACACCUUCGAGGUGGAGGCCGUCAAUGGGGUCUCUGACCUCAGCCGCACCCAGAGGCUGUUUGCCGCAGUCAGCGUCGCCACCAGUCAAGCAGGUAGGCUCAUAGAGAUACAAUAUAAUGUUCCGUUUAAUUCUGUGGUUUGGCUAGAACAAAGCCCUGCGUCAUCACUGAGAAGGUAGAGCUGCUGGGGUGUUAUUUUACCUGCACUUCAAUAUUCCUCUGCUGUGGGCUGGUGUGGGCUGGAAUUGCUUUUAUGAUUAAGUUACAAAGAAAUACAAAUGUUCAUAUGCAGCAUUUUUGAGUCUCCUAGAUGUUCAGGAUAAGCGAGGCAGAUAUGGCCCUUUUAGGAUACAGAAUUAUGUUAAAAGUUUGCUCUUUGGUCUCAGCACAUUCUGACAAAACUAUAUGGGUAUUUUGCAAUGAGGUUGGCAGUGCAGUUCAAUUGAGAACAUGCACCUUAAGUACCUUAAGCAUUCCACAUUGGCUUUAAUGAUUAUAGGCUGAUAUUAUCCACAACAUUUCUAGUUUGCAUAUUACCCAGAUUAAUUUAAUGUGUGCGUCGGAGCUAUGGUGGCAAAAAUUAUUAACGUAGCAAGGCUUGCUGCCAGAUGGACCAUAGGAAACAGUGUGUGUCCCUAACACCCCUGGGAACCUACCAUAAUUAAAAUGCUGUAUUUCUUUGGUGACACACUCCAACUCAAGGCAGCACUAGACCUUUUUUAAAUUAAUUAUUUAUAUGUAUCCACCAAACAAGAUUUAUCUUUCAUGCUCAAGCAUCCAUGAAAUACAGUUGGCGUAAAAAGGGCAAACUUACUAGGGUCAUUAAAAGAGGAUUGCACAGCCAUUGUGGCUCGUAAAGAGGGCAUGGGGAACAUUAUCAUCAUAACCAUGUUGCUAACCAGUAUCUACAGAUGUAGGAUCUUAAUUUGAGCCAGUUUGCUACAACAGGAAAAUAACCCUACAGCAACAGGAAAUGUGAAAUAUUAUGUGGAUUAUAAUUAAUGGACAUUUCUGUAGGGGUAGGUACAUUUUCCGUUAGGGAAAAUCAAGUCUGAAAUGUUAAAGUGGAAAUUACAAACUUCAGAUCAAAUUAAGAUCCUACAUCUGUACGAGCAUUCUGGGACUUGUGGUGCACUCUAAGCCUCUUGUGGUAUACGUUUCAAUUUUACUUUGAACCACCUUUCAGAUUACUGGCUAACUGAAAUGAGGAUUGGGAUGUUGUCUUUUUGAGUUUAGCUUCACCCAUACCCAACCGUAUACAUGAAUGCAGAAGAGCUGCAAGUCUUUGAAUUCUUUGCUGAAAGAAUUGGGUCAAUCCUGCACAUUCAGCCAUGUCCUGCGGUGCUAUGAUACUCUCCUGGUAAGAUGAAGCUGCAUACAGUAUUCCGAAAUGUUUCAUUGCACUCAUCUAGAAUACUGUACCACAUUAUGUUUUGCAUGUAUUGAGAAAUGAAAAGAUCAAAUAAACAAAGUAGAGGAACUAAUAUGGCGACAACCUCCAUUCCUAGAUUGCCAAAAGGUUACAGAGAGAGAAAGAGAUGGGAGGAACAGGAUGGAUAAUUGCUGCCAGGCAGCAGAAUGAAUUUGGGAUAAACUGUAGAGAAUGAUGUAUGUUCUGUGACACAGUUGAUGACAGAGACGCACGCUGGAUGGUGCUGGUGGUUGCCUUGCCAAGGAUACAUGGACACUGCAAGGAGGGAGACCUGCAGGAAAACACAGGGAAAACAAUUAACACAUGGCUCUCUCAGAGCCUCUUAUAAUUACAUGUUGACAACAGACUAUUACUCUGCUAACCCUGGGGAAUAUUUAGCCAUCAUAAAUGGAGGGAAAUAAAGGGAGGCAUUUUGAUGAGGAAGGAAUUAUGUUUACGUCUUAAAGCUAGCUUUAGGCUACUAUUUGAAGCUAUGUAGGCUACCAUUUGAAGCAAACCUAGUUUGAGAUGCACUCUACUAUUUAUUGUAAUUAGAUGUGUUGAUAUAUGUUUUAUGAACCUAUAGCCUAGAUACAUUAUGACUGAUUUCAACAUUAUGGAUGUAAGAGACUGUUUGGCUUCAGUUUGAUGAUGAGCAAACACAUAUUGUUAAUGAGAUCCUCAUGUGAGAGAGCAGGAAGAAUCAGAGUGUUGUUGUGCACGUAGAAGGCCAGACAUUAACCCCGUCCUGCGCAGCUCUUAGCACUGGCCCCUCACUGUGUCCGGCUGCUGUUCCCAGAGCCGUUAGGGAACGCUCCAGUGCUUUGUAAUUGGAACAUCGGCGCUUCCUAAAACAAUGGCCCCUUUCCGAGCAAGCAUGCAUGGCCACAUCGUUAAAGAAUGACUGCAUUAUUAAACCCUUUACGGCUCAUCAUCCAGAAUUGAUUAACCUUUCCUGGGGAUGGAGGUAGAGAGAAAAGAGAGAGAGAGAGAUGAGAGAGAGAGAGAGAGAGAGCGAUCUAGAGAGAGAGAGAGAGAGAGAGAGAGAGCGCAGCGCUAGAAGAGAUAUAGAAUUAGAGAAUAAGAGAGCGAGAAUAUAGAAGAAGAGAGAAGAGAGAUAAAGCUCCUCUCUCUCUCCCUCUCUCUCUCUCUCUCUCGCUCUCUCUCUCUUCCUCUCUCUUCUCUCUCGCUCUCUCUCCUCUCUCUCUCUCUCCUCCUCCUCUCUCUCUUCUCUCUCUCUCUCUCUUCUCUCUCCUCUCUCCCUCUCUCUCUCUCCCUCUCUUCUCUCCUCCAUGUCUCUCUCUACUCUCUCUUCUCUUUUUCAGCAACUGCCUUAAAGAGAGGAGGGAUAGGAGAGACCCUCUAGCGGGUGGUGCCUCUCUCUUCUCCUGCAUGAUAAUCAGCCUGUGCAGAGGAGAGGAGAGGAGAGGAGAGGGAGCUGGAGGAGAGGAGCAGAGGGACUGACUGGGAGAAGGGAUGCUGCACAGUGCUGCUCGAAUACAGAUGGUGAUACAUCUGAUGAGGAAUUCACACCUCCCCUAUUCACACCUCCCUAUACCAAAGGAAGUGUGUGGAGUGAGGCUGUGAUGAGGCAGGCUGCAGCUGUGGAGCUGAGGAACUGUACAAGGUGCUGAGUGCUUAUUGUUCCAAGUAAAAUCUAAUGACCUCUCAGCUCAGUGUUUAAAUAGCUACUGUUGGAGAUGCAGUGCAAGUUCAUCAUCUUGAUUUCUCUCUGACUCCCCCUUCGCGUCCUCACCAUGUCCUCCUCCACAGGUGA